AUGGCUUCUCAUGUCACUACAAGGCACUUCAGUCCUUUUAACCACUCAAAUCUUCACUCUGAUUCACUUCACAAAAUGCCUCAACAUCAGUAUGAACGUCUGCUACAGAAAAUGUAUAUGCCUUUUGUGAGGGGGCCUGAAGACAGACAUUUGUUUCCCAGUUUUAUUGAGAAGUGCAGCAGUUCUUUUCUUAAAUCCAAUCCUUUUAUACCACCUGAAGAUGAAAGCUACAUCUUAGCUCCACACCGGGAAGAUGAGCCAGUAAUUAGCUCUUUCUCAGGACUUUUAAGCCCAGCAGCUGAAGCUGAAGCAGAUCAGCAAAUCCCAUCUAGAAAAUACAUUGAACUACAGAGUAGUGGCAAAGAUGUGCAACCACCUCAGGAGACAUGUAUCCCCCACCAGAGAGACCGGAUUACUAAGAGAAGAACAUCAUUUCUAUUAGAAAACAUAAGUCAGAAUCAACGAUGGAACAGCAGAGCAGUCCCAGAUAUUUCUUUAAGGGCCAAAAUUGGAGGAAGUACAAGUCCAAGAAAAGCUAUACCUGUUCAGCCUAAAACAAAAGACAGUUUCUCAAGUCACAGAUUUGCCUUUUGUGUAGACCCGGAUGUUAAGUUAAAAGAUCCUUCUUCUGAAACCUGCAGAGAUGAGAAAGCUCGGAAGUAUAUGUAUACCUCAACAACUCAAAGAGGAUAUGAGGACAUUCCCUGGGACUUAAUAUUACUGCCAAAAAUCAAGCCUCCAGGUUCAGUACAAGAAUUAAGGGAUGAUGGUGUCUCCCAGAAUGCUGCACUGAAACGGUAUGAACCAACUGAAGAAAUAAGCCAAGUUGUUGGAGACCUCUGGGGCAGAUUUCAAAAAAGACCCUUCAUAGUACCACACCGACCAAUUGAUUUUGUUAGCCCAAGUUCUCGAACUCAGCAACUUCCUUUAUACACAGGCUGUGUUGGUGCUGAGAACGUAGAAGACCUAGACAACCCAUAUGUAGAAGUAAGGAUGCACAGCAGAGUUCGAUGUGCCAAGCCACGUUAUGUGAAAUCUUCCUACAAUCCAAACACCUUUGGAUAUGCUGGCAAGGUUCAUUGGUUAGCUACCCAACCAGCAAAUUCUAAUCUUCCACCAACAUCACCAUCAGCAGUUUCACGAAUGUAUGGGAUCCUAGCUACCCAUGGGCAACCAACCGAAUUUCCACAUCUUGGGCCGCUCUCGCAAAUCAUUACACCAAUUCAACCUCAAAAUUCUUUUAAUAACAAGCAAAAAGAGAGAAUUACAAUUUGA